GUAUUUUAGAUUGCACUGAUUGUUUUCCCCAUUGCUUCACUGGUGGAUCCAUUCCUUUGUUUGGUCACAUGACGGUCACAUGCUCUUCCUUACAUAACAACAAUAGUAACAGUUUAUUUUUAAUAUUCAGACACCAUUUAUGCAAUAUAAUCAGCUCUACCGGCAACAGUGUAUCUUUAAAGUAUUGUUGUGAGUUUCUUCAUUUCAUUGUUACCUACAUCUCUCGCUUGUCUUUAAUGACACACACUGCAACACUUGAUGGCAUCAUCACUAACCUGACCAAUACAAUCCAGUUGUUAGAGUCAUGUGACCAAUUGAACGGAGGCGGGAUACAUGUAUUAUUACAUGUUUAUUGGACAAUGGUAUCACUACUAUACACAGCAGUUAUUAUCCUUGGUGAUAAAUAUGUCUCCAUGUUCAAUGAAGAAUGUAAUAGAAUUAUCAAGUACUUACUAAAGCAAAGGGAAGAUGCCUUUGAUACUGCCAGUGUAUUCAAGAAUGGUGUACCAUCAUUAUUCCCUUGUUCUUGUUUCCUGGAGGUGUGGUUACUACUUGCCAAGGCAACAGAUUGGACUUCCAGCACCAACAGAACUCCAGUUAGUAUGUACAUGUACAUGUAUUAUAUACCAUCCGUAGCAUUUACCAGACAUGGUUAAUUAUAAAUUAAUUACUUUAAUUACUACUGCUAUUACUAGAAUUGCUAGUCUC